AUGGGGCUGCCACUAGCUCGCCUGGUGGCUGUGUGCCUAGUCCUGGCCUUAGCCAGGGGCUCGGAGCUCCAGAAAGAAGCCAUAUCCCGAAACCAUGUCUGCAGCACCUGGGGCAACUUCCACUACAAAACCUUUGAUGGCGAUGUCUUCCGAUUCCCUGGCCUCUGUGAUUACAACUUUGCCUCUGACUGCCGAGACUCCUACAAGGAAUUUGCUGUGCAUCUGAAGCGGGGCUCGGGCCAGGCUGGGGGUCACCCCCAGAUAGAGUCCAUCAUCAUUACCAUUAAGGAUGACAUCAUCUACCUCACCCACAAGCUGGCAGUGGUGAACGGGGCGAUGGUCAGCACCCCACACUACAGCUCCGGGCUCCUCAUUGAGAAGAACGAUGCUUACACCAAGGUCUACUCCCGUGCUGGUCUCUCCCUCAUGUGGAACCGUGAAGACGCACUCAUGCUAGAACUAGACAGCCGGUUCCAGAACCACACCUGUGGUCUCUGCGGGGACUUCAAUGGCAUACAGACCUAUUAUGAGUUCCUCAAAGAAGGCAUACACUACAAUGCCAUUGAAUUUGGGAACAUGCAGAAGAUCAACACGCCUGAGGAUGAGUGCCAGGACCCGGAGGUGGUGCAAGAGCCAGAGUCUUGCUCUGAGCAUCGAGCCGAGUGUGAGAGGCUGCUGACCUCCACAGCCUUCGAGGACUGCCAGGCCCGGGUGCCCGUGGAGUUGUAUGUGCGCGCCUGCAUGCAGGACCGUUGCGCGUGUCCUCAGGAUGGUGCCUGCGAGUGCAGCACCCUUGCCGAGUUCUCCCGCCAGUGCUCCCACGCAGGCGGCCGACCUGAGAACUGGAGGACUGCCUCACUCUGCCCCAAGAAAUGCCCUGGUAACAUGGUAUACCUGGAGAGCAGCUCGCCCUGCAUAGACACCUGCUCACAUCUGGAGGUCAGCAGUUUGUGUGAGGAACACUACAUGGAUGGCUGCUUCUGCCCAGAAGGCACUGUGUACGAUGACAUCACGGGCAAGGGCUGCAUCCCUGUGAGCCAGUGCCACUGCAAGCUGCAUGGGCACCUGCAUGGGCCAGGCCAGAAGAUUACCAAUAACUGUGAGACCUGUGUCUGCAAUGCUGGCCGCUGGGAGUGUAAAGAUAGGGAAUGCCCUCAGACCUGUGUCCUAGAAGGUGGCUCCCACAUCACCAGCUUUGAUGGAAAAAAGUUUACCUUUCACGGGGACUGCUACUAUGUCUUGACCAAGGGCCAGCACAAUGACUCCUAUGCCCUCCUGGGUGAGCUGGCCCCCUGCGGCUCCACAGACAAGCAGACCUGCCUGAAAACUGUCGUGCUACUGACUGACAACAAGAAGAACGUGGUGGCCUUUAAAUCAGGUGGCAGUGUGUUACUCAAUGACCUGGAGGUGACCCUGCCCCAUGUGGCAGCAAGCUUCUCCAUCUUUCAACCCUCUUCCUACUACAUUGUUGUGAACACGGUGUUCGGGCUGCGGCUACAGGUUCAACUGGUCCCAAUCAUGCAGCUUUUUGUGACUCUGAACCAGUCUGCCAAGGGACAGGUGCAGGGUCUCUGUGGAAACUUCAACGACCAGGAAAAUGAUGACUUCAUGACAUCUGGCGGGCUGGUGGAGGCCACGGGUGCUGGCUUCGCCAACACCUGGAAGGCCCAGUCAAGCUGCCAUGACAAGUUAGACUGGCUAGAUGACCCCUGUUCCCUGAACAUUGAGAGCGCCAACUAUGCGGAGCACUGGUGUUCCCUACUGAAGCGGUCAGAGACCCCUUUUGCCAGGUGCCACCUGACUGUGGACCCCACUGACUACUACAAGAGGUGCAAAUACGACACAUGCAACUGUCAGAACAAUGAGGACUGCAUGUGCGCAGCUCUAUCUUCCUAUGCCCACGCCUGUGCUGCCAAGGGGGUCAUGCUGUGGGGCUGGCGGGAGCGCGUCUGCAACAAAGAUGUGCACGCUUGCCCCAGCUCACAGAUCUUCCUGUACAACCUGACCACUUGCCAGCAGACCUGCCGCUCCCUCUCAGAGGGUGACGCUCACUGCCUUAAGGGAUUUGCCCCUGUGGAAGGCUGUGGCUGCCCUGACAAUACCUUCAUGGAUGAGAAAGGACGCUGUGUGCCCUUGGCUAAGUGCUCCUGCUACCACUACGGACUUUACCUGGAGGCAGGAGAUGUGAUCCUGAGGCAAGGGGCGCGCUGCAUUUGCCGGAACGGGAGGCUGCAAUGCACCCAGGUCAAAUUGCUUGGCCACACCUGUAACCACCCCAAAAUCCUUGUGGAUUGCAACAACUUGACUGCUCUGGCCACCCGGGAACCCCGCCCCACUAGCUGCCAGACACUGGUGGCUGGCUAUUACCAUACAGAAUGUGUCAGCGGCUGUGUGUGUCCCGAUGGGGAACUGGACGAUGGCCGUGGUGGCUGUGUGAAGGAGGAGAAGUGUCCUUGCAUCCACAACAAAGACCUAUACAAUCCUGGGGCCCAGAUCAAACUGGACUGUAACAACAUCUGUACUUGCCAGAAAGGACGCUGGGAGUGCACCCGCUAUGCAUGCCACAGCACCUGCUCCAUCUAUGGGAGUGGCCACUACAUCACCUUUGAUGGGAAACACUAUGACUUUGAUGGACACUGCUCCUAUGUGGCUGUCCAGGACUACUGUGGCCAGAACUCUACUGGCUCCUUCAGCAUUAUCACUGAGAAUGUCCCCUGCGGCACCACAGGCGUUACCUGCUCCAAGGCCAUAAAGAUAUUUAUAGGGGGGACAGAGCUGAAGCUGAUGGAUAAACACCGUGUGGUAAGGCAUUUGGGAAAUAGGCACCAUGUGCCCUACAUCACACGGAAAGUGGGCCUGUACCUGGUAGUGGAGGCCAGCCCUGGUAUUAUCGUUAUCUGGGACAAGAGGACCACCAUCUUCAUCAAGCUGGCUCCUUCUUACAAGGGCACUGUAUGCGGUCUGUGUGGGAACUUUGAUGACCAGACCAAGAAUGACUUCACCACUCGGGACCACAUGGUGGUGACCAGUGAGCUGGACUUUGGAAAUAGCUGGAAGGAAGCUUCCACAUGCCCAGAUGUGAACCACACCCCAGACCCCUGUGCCCUAAACCCACACCGUCGCUCCUGGGCAGAGAAGCAGUGCAGCAUUAUCAAGAGUCAUGUAUUCAAAGGGUGCCACAGCAAGGUGGACCCCACGGUCUUCUAUGAGGCCUGUGUGCAUGACUCCUGCUCCUGCGACACGGGUGGUGACUGUGAGUGUUUCUGCUCCGCUGUGGCCUCCUAUGCUCAAGAAUGCACCAAGGCAGAGGCCUGCGUGUUCUGGAGGAGGCCGGACCUAUGCCGUUGCUACCCUCGGUGCCCUGAGGACAAGCCCAUAUAUGAUGAAGACGGAAUGAGAUGUGUCACUGAGGACCAGUGUGGCUGCUAUAUUGAUGGCAUUCACUAUCCACCCAAUUCGUCAAUUCCCACUAAGGAUAUCUGCAAGUCUUGUAUGUGCACCAACACUUCAGAAAUCGUCUGCGGUCCAGAUGAAGGAAAGGUUGUUAACGAGACCCAGGAUGGUGUCUUCUGCUACUUUGAGAUCUGCGACUCCAAUGGGACAAUAGAACAACACUUGAAUAUUUGUGUCUCCUCCACGCCACCUCCAUCCACCCUGACAAGCUUCACCACAGUCUCUACCCCUAUUUCCAUCUCCACCACCACCACCACAACCACCGCCACUGCCACCACCAUUACCGCUACCGCCACUGCCACCAUCACGGGCACGAUAACUAGCACUGAAGUACCAUGCUGCUGGACUGAUUGGAUCAACAACAACCAUCCUAGUGAUGACAGUGAUGGUGGUGAGCAAGAGACCUUCGACAGCGUCUGUAGUGCUCCUGUGGACAUUGAGUGCAGGUCAGCCACAGAACCCACACUCAGUUGGCAGGAUCUGGAGCAGAAGGUACAUCAAGGUACGUCCACUCCAACAUCUACCACCACAGAGACACCAACACCAACCCCAACCACCAUAGCCACAACACCAACACCUAGUCAAGGUACCUCCACUCCAACAUCUACACCCACAGAGACACCCACCCCAACUAUGACUACUACAGUUCCUACAACCCCAACACCUACUACCACAGAAACCUCAACUCCAAUAUCUACAGCUCCAACAUCUUCUACUAGCCAAACUCCUUCCAAAUCUCCAACGAAACCAUCAACACCUGUGACCACUGUGUUCCCCUCUUCCCCACCCACGGAGUCCAUCAUCAUUCUUAGCACCCCUGCUACCACCAUAGUAACGUCUAGCACUGCAUCGUCACCUGGAACAUCACCAUCCAUCACUUCGUCAGCGGGCAGCACACCCUCUUCACUUCCAGGACCAACACCGGGACCCUCCACCACUACUUCCGGCACAUCUACUUCCUCAAGGACCACAACAGGACAAACUUCACCCACCACAAGACCACCCUCCACAUCCACCCCUACAUCCUUCACUGUGCCAGUAUCUACCACGGAAACCACACCAACUACUUUGGAGACCACCAGGACCUCUUCUUGGGGCACAAUCUCCUCAGCCUCCCCAAUCACCUCUCCCAUCACUGACUGGACCAGUGUUGGCACCUUGGUUACCUGCUGUGUUUUGGAUGACAUGUACUAUGGCCCAGGUGAACUGAUCUACAACAAUACCUAUGGGAACACUUGUUAUUAUGUGAACUGCUCUGUGGAGUGCAAACUCCAAAUCUUCAAAUGGCCCUGUCCAUCUACUCCCUCAACUUCUACACCAUCAACACCAACAUCCUCCCCGACGACCACACCCUCCACACCAUCUACCACAUCUUCAAAGUCUACACCCUCCACACCAUCAUCUACCACAUCUUCAAAGUCCACACUCUCCACAUCAUCCAAGUCAACAACCACAACCUCCACCCCUGGGUGGUGCCUUGACUUUGAUCCUCCUAGACAGGAGAAUGAGACCUGGUGGCUAUGUAACUGUACCAUGGCCAUUUGCAAGCAUGACAACGUAGUGGAGCUUGUGGAGCGGAAGUGCGAACCCCCGCCCAUGCCUACCUGCUCCAAUGGCCUGAAGCCUGUGCGUGUCAUCGACCCUGAUGGCUGCUGCUGGCACUGGGAGUGUGACUGCUACUGCACCGGCUGGGGGGACCCGCACUUUGUCACCUUCGAUGGGCUCUACUACAGUUACCAGGGUAACUGCUCCUAUGUUCUAAUGGAGGAGAUUACCCCCACGGUGGACAACUUUGGGGUCUACAUUGACAACUACCAUUGUGAUGUCAGUGACGAGGUAUCCUGCCCCCGCACACUAAUUGUGCGUCACGAGACCCAGGAAGUGCAGAUCAGGACUCUGCAAUUGAUGCCCAUUGUGGUGCAGGUGCAGGUGAACAAGCAGGUAGUGGCUCUGCCCUACCAGAAGUUUGGGGUGCAGGUAUACGAAUCUGGCAUCAACUAUGUGGUGGACAUCCCCAGGCUGGAAGCUCAGAUCACCUACAACGGCCUGUCUUUCUCCAUCCGGCUGCCCUACCACCUCUUUGGCAACAACACGAAGGGCCAGUGUGGCACCUGCACCAACAGUACUGAAGAUGACUGCAUCCUGCCCAGCGGGGAGAUCAUCUCCGACUGUGAGGUUGCUGCUGACGAGUGGUUGGUGAACGACCCCUCCAAGCCACACUGUCCUCACAGCAGCUUCACCACCAAGCGCCCAGCCGUUACGACAGCAGGGUUCUUGCCACCGGAGAACUGCACUGUGUCUCCUAUCUGUGAGCUCAUCAAGAGCAGCCUGUUCUCCGAGUGUCACCCCUUCGUGCCUCCAAAGCACUACUAUGAAGCCUGCCUGUUUGAUAGCUGCUUUGUGCCUAACUCUGGUUUGGAGUGUGCCAGUGUACAGGCCUAUGCAGCCCUCUGUGCCAAGGAAGGCACCUGCGUUGACUGGCGGAACCAUACUCAGGGGGCCUGCUCUGUGAAGUGUCCAUCUCACAAGGAGUACAAGGCCUGUGGCCCUGCAGAAGAACCCACCUGCCAGUCCAGCGCCUCCCAGAAUUUCACAAUCUUGGUGGAAGGCUGCUUCUGUUCUGAAGGCACCACAAAGUUUUCCCCUGCCAUUGAUGUCUGUGUGAAGACUUGUGGCUGUGUGGGACCUGACAAUGUGCCCAGAGAGUUUGGAGAGCAUUUUGAGUUUGAUUGCCAGGACUGUGUUUGCCUGGAGGGUGGAAAGGGCAUUGUCUGCAAUCCAAAGAUAUGUGCUGGGGAGAACCAGACCACAUGCGAGGAGGAUGGCACUUACCUUGUCGAAGAAUUCGACCCAGAUAACAAGUGCUGCAACAAAACCACAUGUAAGUGUGACACCAAACUAUGCAGUGCGGAACGUCCCUCUUGCUCGCUGGGAUUCGAAGUCAAGAGCCACAGUGUGCCUGAAAUAUGCUGUCCAGUUUACUCCUGUGAACCCAAGGGUGUGUGUGUGCACGAGAAUGCUGAAUACCAGCCUGGGUCUCCAGUGUACUCCACCAAGUGCCAGGAAUGUGUAUGCACCGACUCCAUGGACAAUGCCACCCAGGUCAACUACAUCUCCUGUACUCAUGUGCCCUGCAACAUCUCCUGCAGCUCUGGCUUUGAGCCUGUGGAAGUCCCUGGGGAGUGCUGCAAGAAAUGUCAGCAGACCCACUGCAUCAUUGAGAGGCCAGACCAGCAGUAUAUCAUCCUGAAGCCCGGGGAGAUACAGAAAAACCCCAACGACCACUGUACCUUCUUCAGCUGCUUGAAAAUCAACAACCAGCUCAUUUCCUCUAUCUCCAACAUCACCUGCCCCGACUUCAACGCCGAUGAAUGUGUUCCGGGCUCCAUCACGUACAUGCCAAAUGGCUGCUGUAAGACCUGUAUUCCUAAAAACAACACCGCAGUCCCUUGCUCUCUCAUCCGUGUCAAGAAGGAGAUUUCCCACAAUGGCUGCUCCAAGAAUGUCUCCAUGAACUACUGUUCGGGCUCCUGUGGGACUUUCGCCAUGUACUCUGCCCAGGUCCAGGAUCUGGAUCACAGGUGCUCUUGCUGCAAGGAGGAGAGGACCAGCGAGCGCCAGGUGACCCUGGAAUGUCCAGAUGGCAGUGAGCUGAGCCACACCUACACGCACAUUGAGAGCUGUCUCUGCCAGGACACCGUCUGUGCGCUCCCCCAGGCCCAGCAAGUCCGCGUCAGGCGGUCCAGUCCCCGACUUCUGGGAAGGAAGUGA